GCACCGACGCCUCCAAAUUGCCCUUCACCCUUUUCCCCCUUCCUCUUCCCUCUCCUGCGUGCAGCAUUCGCAGGUUUGGGGUGACCCAAGACCGUCACUUUUUUCUUGGUGCCAGUGUGUGGUCGCCACACGGGCAGUGAGGAAGUAUGACGCGGGCUCAAUGCUGAGCUGUGAUUUGCUGGAGCUCAGCCAUUCACUUUGAGCUCUGGAUGGUCACCACAGCAAGCAUAAAGCUGGAAGAGGAAGAAGAAAAGAAGAGAAGAAAACAGACAGCGAAAAAAAAGAGGACAACAAGACAAGAAAAAAACCGAGAAAAAGAAGAGAGCUUAUCCGCGACAGCAGGUGGCAGAGCAGAGGAAAAAAAGAAGAGGCAGGCCAAUGCAUAUCCCAUCUCAGAGGCAUUCAUAUCCGGCAGCCCAGAGCGGCAAAAGCAGACAGUCAGAAGCAGAAGCAGUGCAGAGCAGAGCAAAAGCAAUUCGUCCGUUGGAGACAGAGUUGCUGCUGCUGCAGCCCCGAGCGUCACGAAAGAAUGGGCAUUAGCUUGGCCAAUCUUUCCCCAUUUUAUCCCCAUCAGCUCAUUCUUCCGUUCCCUCAUUGCCCGCCGCCGCCCGCAGAGAGCAAGAAAAAAAACAGCGCUCAGUCAUCAUUCACAAAGCCAGUUUACCAGCAGCAUCCACACAAAAGCAAUUCCAUCCAUUCGAUCGUUUCUUGGUACAAUCCAUUUCCGAAUCUGCACUACUACAGUUCAGCGGUUACUAACUCUUUGACUUUUUGCAAAAAAAGACUCAGUCGACAAUCGCAAAGAUGGAGCAGUGGACGAUUCCGCCGCAGCCUAUGCCCGCCAUGACAACGGAGUACACUGUUUACCCCAACUCCACCAACCACCCCAAUGGCCUUCAGUAAGUACCUCUUUCCUUGUACCUUUUUCGUAUCUGUCUGUCCCUUCCUUCCCUCUCCCAAACCCCUCCCAAAGAUACCUCACUCGGUGCCUCGAGUCCAAGACACGAACCGUCGUCUCUCUUCUGUUCUGUC